AUAACCUAUGACACCUAGUUUUUUUUCCAUACAGCACAAUUAUUACGGAGUGAAACGCCUCGGGUCUCGAACUAGCUUAGUUAGACUAGACAGCUUGCUAGAUAAAUUGCAAACUUUUUGAAGUCAGAAGCUGUGGUUUCCUUAGAUAAGGGGUUUUAUCUGAAAUAAUCUAGCUAAUUUGGCUUUGUAUGAUUUUGGCCUAAAUCAUUUGAUAUGAUAAUUUUACUUUGAAUGUCUGAAAGUCCCGGAAGAGCCGCUGGCAUCUGUUUUGCAGACCGCGGGAAAAUGUCGUUAUUUCCUGCUCCCUGAAAAAGGUUGUCGUUGGGUUGGCGCGACAGUGAUUGUAAACAGAUGAUAAUAAUAACAUUCUAAACAACAUUCAUCGAAUCUAUGUUCAUAUGGUACAUCUCUGAGCCAUUGAUUGAGCAUCGGGAGAAUGGAUGGGGAUUUGACGGACGAAGUGUAUGGUGAUCUCAGUCAAGACAACUGCAAUACGGUGGCAGCUUUCGAUGAUGAUUCUAUGGAUAUUUAUUCUGGUUUGGCAAGUCCGAGGAUUUAUCCAAAUGCAGAAAGAAACUGCACACUCCUCUCACCACAGAAUCUGAGCUCUAUGGAUUUAUAUGAAGAAAUCAUAACGGAGGAACAACAGGAUAAAGACUCUUCCUACAAUGAGUUGAGGACAAGAUACAAUGCUGCACAAAGCCAAAUUGAAGAGUUACUUAGGCGGUUGCAGCAGAUUGAAGCAAAGAAUACAACGCUGAACACUGAGAACAGCCGUCUGAAGAAGAACAUCUGUGCGCUCAUCAAAACAGCUAAAAUGGAGGUUGUGCGGAAGGACAAGGAGAUAAAUAGGUUGAGCCAAAGUUUCAGGCCAGAGAGAGGUACUGCUGCUCACCAUCAAUCUCAGAUGAACUGCUUGAAAAAUCAAGUUCCAAUGAGACUGAAUCCUAUGGGGCCUUAUCAACCAGAAGUUCCAACCAGACUGAAUCCUACGGGGCCUUAUCAACCAGAAGUUCCAACCAGACUGAAUCCUACAGGGCCUUAUCAACCAGAAGUUCCAACCAGACUGAAUCCUACAGGGCCUUAUCAACCAGAAGUUCCGACCAGACUGAAUCAUACAGGUCCACCUCCACCAACUCAACUACCAGGAUCUAAGUGUUGUGUUGUAAAGGAUCUUCAUCAGCUGCUCUGUCAAGACAGAGAUGUGGUCCUCCCCCAAACCCCAUCUGACGCAAGAAAUGUCAGACCACCUCUUCCUUCCACCUCUAGAGACGAUUCAGAAGCUUCAGUGAAAGGCACAUAUUCUUCUGUUAGCAGUUCCAGUAAGGACUCCGUGAAAAGACACCAUACACGUGAACUAGGCCUGUCAGACAAGCCGAAACAAACCAAGCACAGAGAAGGCAGAGGUGAAAGUCCCAGGCUGUCUGAGUCAAAGGAGCAGCGACAUAAAAACAGUCCAGAUGUAAAUAAGGAAUCUCAUUCAGAUGAGAGGAACCGGUCACACAGAGCACAAAAAGAUAUUGGAAAAUAUGAUUCUAAGUCAAACAAAAGCAGAUACCCUCAUCCCUCAGAUGUUGAGGUACACAGGAGAUCAGAUAAGUCUAAAAGCCCACACUCAGACAUUUUGCAUUGCACUGCUUCCUCUUACCGUACGUCUAAAGGAUUGUCUAAAGACAGUGCAGACAUUCUAUCAACAGGGUCUAGUCGGCAUGAUACGGUGCUUCGCUUUGAUAAGGAUGACGAUAACCGUAGUAGAAGUAUUAAAGACAUUUCCUCUAAAAACAGAAGGCAUGCCUAUUCAAAUCAAGCCAGUCUCACUAAACGAUCCAGUGAAUAUUUUAAUCGCAAGGGAGGGACAAGUCCUCCGAGGGACCAUCGAAGGAAAAAAGAGAGAAAAAGAGAGGAUGAGAUCAGAAAAGAGAAAAAAAGGUCAGGAGAAAGAAAAAGCAGUUGUACAGAGAGAGGAAAGGAGCGUGAGGAAAAAAGAACAAAGGAACAUAACCGAUGCAGUGCGGACGUCAGUAAGGACAAGAACAUGGUCAAUGGUAAAGUCAGGGAGCAAAAGACACAUGAGGAAUCGGAAGUGCUUCCGCCUGAGGCCAAAGUGGCUGAGAAAAGCUCUAUAGAGGAAAACGGUCCCAACAGAAAGUUAAGUUUCAUGGAAACUCUGAACCUCACCCUGUCACCAGUUAAAACACCAAGACAGUCUGCUGAAGUCAAGGAACAGGAGGAGGGCACACCACCUGAUGAGGUUCCUGAAGACCAAUCAGCAGAAGACAGUGGACAACCUCAUCUUGGAGAAUUGCUUGUAUUAGACAAAAUCAACAGUAGUGUAGUAGACACCCAUGAGGUCUUUGAAAACCCAGUUAUACAGCCCUCUUCAGAAAUCUCAAAGCCUCCACAACCUGAAAGUAUGGAGAGUAGACAUACAGAGAGAGAAUCUUGUCAGGAUGCUGAAAAGCCUCUGUCUGAAGCCACAGUAGCCAAAGAGCGACAUAAGUGCCAGUUAGAAGUAGAAGACAGUACUGUCCAAGAUGGCUCCGAAGGAAGACCUGAGCUGCCCAAGGCCAUGGAGGGUCAGAGGACUAAACCCACCACACCAGAACCUCUCAGGAAGGAUUGUGUUUCAGAUCCAGACUGUGACAUUGUUUUGAAAACUCCACUGGAGAGCAGACUUGAAAAAUGUGACUCAGAAAGCAAAACUGGCACGUCUAAGGAUUUGACUGCUGCUGCUCUCUCUGCGACUACUACUCUCUCUGCGACUACUACUACUGUCACUGAGAAUUGUGGAAACAAUUCAAAUACCGACACUGGCCUAUCUGCUAAUGGACUUACCCCUGAACAUUCAACUGGAGAUUCACUGGUUAUUAUUACUGACAAGUCCAACAGUGAAACUCCCAGUGCUUUGGUCUGUAAAAGCCAAGCUGUUGAAACUGUGACACAAGAUCCACCUGCUGCUGUCUGUGUGGGACAUCCUGCUGUUGAAGGUAGUCCAGGAAAACAAUCAGAAUCUCUGAAAGUAUCACCCCUUUUCCAACCUAAGGGCCUUCAACAACUGCCUGCUUCCAUUAUUUCUAAUUCUAGUCUGGAGAAAAAUGUGACAGAGGGGCAAGAUGUUUCCAAGGAUGCUGUGUCCAGUACGAUUAGCAUGGAGGUAGAUAUCGGCAUCACGUCUGAGGUCAUUACUGAUGUCACAGAGAUCCCUGUGGAGUGUGAGAAGGAGAAAACUCUUGUGGAACAAAGUUCACCAUUGAGCAGUAUUGGGGUGUCUAAGGUGAGUAGCACCACAGGAGAAGUUGCACCAUCUGAACAGCACAACAGUGGUUUGGCGGAGACACCAAAGAAGUACCUAAAUUCUGAGCCAAGCUACACAGAGAAUGAAGAGGAGAAUGUUGAGCCCUCUAGCUCCAUUCCGAUGGCCCAUGAUGAGGACUCGAUGAUGCUCACACUGAGUAAUCUAAAAGUCAUUCCACAUGCCAUAAGCCCACUCACAAGCCCAGUCCGCCUGAAGACGAAAAGCCAGCAGCUGCCAUGUCACAGCAAACCUGCUUACUUCAAGAGUCUUUGCAAAGAUUUUCCCAGUGCUACUGGAGAUUCCAAUUCAAAGAUGUCGGAAGUGAAUCAGGAGAACAACAAUCCUGGCUGCUCUGUCACACAUGCUGCACAACGAGAUGUGGAUGAGACAUCUGUCCAUCCUUCCAGCCUUGAGGAACUGGAAGAAGGUGAAAUUGUUAGUGAAAGUGAAGAGGAAGAAACUCCAGCCAUGCCAAGUUCUCCACCCAUGACGGUUCGGCCCACAAGAACGAAUAAAAAUCAACCAACUCUCAAGUCAUCACCUAGACUUUCAAAGAAGGCGGCCAAAGAAAAUAGUUUAGUUUCAAAACAGAAUUUUAAACUCGGAAGUAAAACCUUGACUUCACCAUUUGGAAGCCCCACAUCAAACAAAACCCGCUAUAAAACUGUUCAACCUCCUUUACCCAAUGCUGCCUUGUCUACCGUGGAGGAGGUUAUGGCCAUGCUUGCAAAGAUUCGCUAUGAGUGCAGAAAAAAGUACAUGAAGCUUCAUUCAACAUUCCCUAAGAAAACCUUCUGCGGUGUUAUGGACAUGUCCUUUUUUCCCUCUUUUACAGACUUUGUUGAUAGUGUAAGCUUUACUAAACUAUGCAGCCAAGAAGAUUACCUCAAAGUUAAACUAAAGGACAUCAUCAUUUCUGUUUUGAGUAAGUUAUCAAAUAAUGGCAUUGUCAACCGCAUCUUUGACCAAGAACCACCUAAUAUGAAGUUGAAACUCUGGGAAUUCGUGGAUGUGCAGUUAGACUUCUUAUUCAAGGAGAUUCAAACUGCACUGAGAAGUGUUUGCAAAUCCUCAAACGGAAGCCAGUCGGCAGGAGCAGAAAAAAGAGACCGUCUCUCUGGAAAGGGUGUACCCAAGCUGCCUGUGAAGUCCCCCAAGCCAUCUGUGGCCGCUGAACUUAAAAUGCAGCAGGGAGUGACCAUAACCAGAACUUCUGCACCAAAAAGACUGCAAAAGAAAUUCACAGAGUGUGUUGAAACCAGCAUGAAAAGAACCAGGUCUCGGACUGUCCCCCCUUGCAAAACAGGUCUUGGAAGAGGCAAAAAUAUUAAAAUGUCCGAUAUGGAAUCGGUGCCUCAAACCUCAGAUCCUCCUGUUAUCCAACCUCCUUUGCAACACGUGGUAGAGAUCUUACCAUCAAACAGCUCUUCAUCUGCUGAGAGAACUGCAACCUAUGUUCGCCGGCUGUCUCAAAAUGGCUCACUCCAUGACAAGCCUGACUUUGAAAUCCUCACAGAACAGCAAGCCUCCAGCCUAACGUUCAACCUGGUAACGGACUCUCAGAUGGGAGAGAUCUUCAAGUGUCUCUUACAAGGGUCUGAUCUGCUAGAAACGAGUGUUUCAGCUGGGGACAAUCAUGGCUGGUCCCUUGGUACUCCUCUGAAAGAAAGGGAGCGUUUCCUAGGCGUUGGUACCCCAAGUAAAGUUGGUACUCCCUCUAAACUCAUUGCCACAUGGUCAGCUAUUUCACCUAUCAAGUUUUCCUCUCCAAAUUCAAAAGUCCAAAUUCCAUUAAAUCCAUCUUUGUUGGAUGAGAGUUGCAUGUUAGAGGUGCCCUCCGGCCUACCAGAAAGCAGAAGGACACCACAGUCCAGUGUGUUCUCGCAUAGAUCAUAUUCCAUCUUGUCAGAAGAUCUGUCUGGGUCUCUCACAAUUCCCUCACCUCUCAAGUCUGACAAUCACCUCAGCUUUUUGCACCCAGCCAGCGGGGAGCCCAUGUCUGCUCCGGACAGCGUCAUCAGUGCACACUUCAGUGAGGAUGCUCUUAUGGAUGGGGAAGACGCUACAGAGCAGGACAUUCACCUUGCCCUGGACACGGACAACUCCAGCGGUGCAUCAAGCGGUGGUGGCAGGACCAGGGAGGCUCCUGUUAACCCCUUGUUUCACUUCAAGCCUCACUUGCCCAUGCAGGCAGUAGUGAUGGAGAAGUCAAAUGAUCAUUUCAUUGUGAGGAUACGGCAUGCAAACACCAACUCCACCAACUCGGGGGUCAACUCCUCAAGUCCUGGCAGUGUCAAUUCUACCUACCAAGGAAAUAACUCCACAAGCUUAGGAAUUAAUUCAUCAAGCCUAGUAGUGAAUUCUUUAAGUCCAGACAUCAAUUCCACCAAACAAGUGGUCACCUACACCAACCUAGGAAUCAACUCAAGCCAAGGAGUCAACUCUUCAAGCACAGGCAGUGUCAACUCUACCUACCCAGGAAAUAAUGUCACCAACCCAGAAAAUAACUGUGCCUACCCAUGUGUCAACUUCCCAAGCCCCGAAGUAAGUUCUACCAACCCAGGUAUCAGCCUCACAAGUGCAGACAUCAAUCCUGGGGGCGCUGAGAGCCCUCAAACACCACCAGGACAAGAAAAACAUGGUAAAGACGAAGAUCAGCCCCCAGAAAAAACUCCUUCAAAAUCCCCUUUUUCAGAGGCCAGUCCUCCUUUCUACCUUUCCAGCCUUUCCACAAGCACCGAAACAGCAUCUGCGCUAUCUUCGCCAUGCCUCACCAUCAUAGAAGACACACCAGAGAGAGACCACAGCAAGGGUAAGACUGGGAAAAAGCGCACAAAGCACCAUGUGGAAACUAAAGCAAAGCGGGCUAAAAAGGAGAUGAUCCCAGAGAGGAGCAUGCAUAAAAAGAAGUCCUCAAAAAGUCCCAAAGGAAAGGGGACUGGAAGCUCCAAGAGGGAGAGAAGUGAAGUCAUUACUCCACCCCAAUCUACCCCAUCACCCAACAGCCUGUCUGCCAAGAAUAUCAUAGUAAAAAAGGGUGAAGUAAUGGUGACGUGGACAAGGGAUGAAGACCGAGAUAUUCUCCUCGCACUGAAGAUGAAAGGUUCCUCUCCAGAUACUUUCUCUGCCCUUUCAGAGAAAUUGAACAAGACACCCGCUCAGAUUGCGAAGCGAUUUUCCCAACUGAUGAAGCUUUUUAAGAAGAAGGAGAAGAUGGCAAACUGACUUCUGAAUGUUUUUUUUUUUUUUUUUCGAUGAAGAUUUCACUUACCAGGCUCCUUAUACUCUCAGACGUUUCAAGGUCAAGAUUCAUCAAAUGUCCCAUUUGAUGAAUGAGUGGAAGCAGAUCUGAAUGUGAUGCCUGUAAUUAAUGGACUUGGAACUAAUGAACACAGUCAACUAGAACUCCAACUGAAAUGUGUUUUUGUGCUGUGGUCAGUAAGGAUCUGAAUAUCCAUGAGGUAAAAUCCACACAGGCUUCAAUAUUCAAUAUUAUCGACCCACAGCCAAAAAGAAUACAACUUGUAUAAACUGUUUUGAUACGUCUGUUGAUUUACCAGACUUCAAUGCACUGGAUGUUUUCCUUCCCUUUUUGUGUUUAAUCUACCAGAUUGAUCCUGGGCAAUAUCCCAUCUCAACUUCACAACUCUUAAUAUGCCUUAGCAAGGUUAUACCAUAUGAGGAGUUAAACACUUCUGCAAUCAUACAUUUAAUCAAGUAAUUAACCAAUUUUAGUUGUAAAUAACAGAAUGGUGAAUGACCUCUAAUGCUUUUAUGGAGCAUUGCAGCCUGUGCUGCUUGUACAGAAUUUGUACUAAAGUUACGUGUGCUUUUCUACUUCAACAUAAUCUGGGAGUGUUUGGAAAUAAAGAUUGGAACUACAAUUAAAGUGACCUUUACUCUGUCACAUGGCAGAAAGUGCAUUUUACUGUAUUAUAUAUUGCAUUGACUUAAAGAUGUUCAGAUGUUCCAUUUUAGGUAUGAUUCAAGGUCUUACGUUUAUAGAAAUGAAGGAUUUUACCAAGUACACAUUUCUUGACCGCUUAGAUUUUUAUUUGGUUGAUUUUGGUUUUGGAUGGUUGUGAAUAAGUGACAUGGUUAAGAAAUAUACAUUGUGUAGCCUAUAUUGUACAUAUUUUGGUUUUUGAAAAUAAAGUUUAUUUAUUUAA